CGCGCCGGAGAAGAGGCCGAGCGCGCUUGGCCGGACGCGGCGAUGGGUCUGCAGCGGGGGCGCUGCCUCUUCCUCGGCCUCGGCCUCCUCUGGCUCCAGGUGGCCGCUGUGCGCCAAGACCCCGCGCCCCGCUGUGGCUCCGGCUUCGCCUCGGGCUGCUGCACCUUCGAGGUGGCCCACGAGGACCUGCCUCGAGGCCAAGUCUUGGGCCAAGUUCAUUUCGAAGACUGCACGGGAUGGAAGCUGGCACUGUACAGCACAGAGGAUGCCAACUUCAGGGUGCUGGCAGACGGAACACUUCUGGUGAAGCACCACACGAAGCUCCGUGGGGAAGCGAGGACCUUCGUGGUGCAUGCCUGGGAUUCCGCGGGCACCAAAUCCUCAGCCUUGGUUACUGUGAGGAACAAAAGCCAUCGUUCUCCAAAGGGGGAGCCUGAUCCUGCCAGCCAAGCAGAGGAGCCAAAGCGUCCAGUGGCCGAAUCUGUCCUGAAGCGGCAGAAGCGGGAUUGGGUGAUCCCGCCCAUAAGAGUUCCUGAAAACGAGAGGGGCCCUUUCCCGAAGAAGCUGGUCCAGAUCAAAUCCAACAGGGAUAAACUAAACAAGAUCUUCUACAGCAUCACUGGGCAGGGAGCAGAUGCGCCUCCGGAGGGAGUCUUCACCAUUGAGAAAGAGACGGGUUGGAUGAAAGUGACGCAGCCGCUGGACAGAGAAGCAACCGACAAAUACCACCUUUUUUCGCAUGCUGUGUCUGAAAAUGGAAAGCCCGUGGAAGAACCGAUGGAGAUAAUAGUCACGGUAACAGACCAAAAUGACAACAAGCCCCAGUUCACCACGGAGGUCUUCAGGGGGUCUGUCUUGGAAGGAGCAACACCUGGGACCUCUGUGAUGCAAGUCACUGCCACAGAUGCCGACGAUGCCGUGGAGACCUACAAUGGGGUGGUUGCUUACUCCAUCCUAAGCCAAGUGCCUGGCAAACCCGAGAAGCAGAUGUUCGCCAUCAACAGGGAGACGGGCUCAAUCAGUGUGAUUGCCAGUGGCCUGGACAGAGAGAGAGUGAAGGAAUACACACUCACCCUGCAAGCGGCUGACUUGAAUGGCACAGGACUGACCAGCACAGCAUCUGCGGUGAUAGAAAUCGAGGACGCCAAUGACAACGCCCCCCAGUUCAGCCCCCCCGUGUACACAGCAGAGGUGGCAGAGAACGAAGCCAACCUGGAGGUGGUGAGGCUGUCGGUAACAGACAUGGAUGAGGCCGGCUCACCUGCAUGGCGCGCCGUGUACAAGAUCGUGCGUGGCAAUGACGGGGGCUACUUCCGAGUAUCGACUGAUUCAGAGAGCAAUGAAGGCAUUGUGGAAACAGCCAGAGGCUUGGACUUUGAAGCAAGGAAACAGUUUGUGCUGCAGGUCGCAGUCACCAAUGAAGUCCCCUUUGCGGUGAAGCUUCCGACUUCCACAGCAACCGUGACUGUCAGCGUGAGGGACGUGAAUGAGGCGCCAAUCUUCGAUCCUCGGGUCCGGAUGGCAGAAGUCUCGGAGGAUGUCCCCCUCGGACAUGAAGUCAUGGUGUGCACAGCGCAGGACCCAGACAAAAUGCAAUCCCAGAAAAUCAAGUACUUCAUGGAGAAGGACAGAGCCGGCUGGCUGUCAAUCGACCCAGAAAGUGGCAUCGUCGCCACCAAGGCGGCCUUGGACCGAGAGUCCUACCUGGUGAAGAACAACAGCUAUGUGGCCGUUGUGCUGGCAGUGGAUGACGGAACCCCACCAGCCACCGGUACAGGCACCCUCCUGCUUACUCUGCUGGACGUGAAUGACAACGGCCCUGAACUUGAACACCCAGAGAUCAUAGUCUGCAAUAGCCAGCCUGAGACCCAACAUCUGCGUAUCUUGGACAAAGACCAGCCCCCCAACACCUUUCCGUUCCGUGCAAAGCUCACAAAUAACUCUGCUGAAAACUGGGCUGUGGAAAUGGAUGCCACAGGGGAAACGGCGCUGGUGAGGCUGCUGCAGCCCUUGAAGCAGGGCGUCCACAACGUUUACCUCCAGCUCCUUGACAGCCAGGGCAAGGACCAGCGGACGGUCCUCAAGGCCACCGUGUGUGAGUGCGAGGGGCCGGUUGAGCAGUGCCCAGAGCAGCAGGUGGCUGUCGUUGGGGCUCCCGUAAUCCUCGCUAUCUUGGGAUCCAUUCUGGCUCUGCUGAUCAUCUUGCUGCUGCUGCUGCUCUUUGUGAGGAGGAGGAAGGUGGUGAAGGAGCCGUUGCUGCUCCCAGAAGACGACACUCGGGACAACAUCUUCUACUAUGGCGAAGAGGGAGGCGGCGAGGAAGACCAGGACUAUGAUCUCGGCCAGCUUCACAGAGGCUUGGAUGCCCGUCCAGAAGUUGUCCUCCGCAACGAUGUUGUGCCCACUCUGCUGCCCGCUCCACAGUACCACCCACGCCCCACAAACCCUGAUGAAAUUGGCAACUUCAUCCAUGAGAACUUGAAGGCGGCUGACAUGGACCCCACGGCACCCCCCUACGACUCACUGCUGGUGUUUGACUACGAGGGCAGCGGCUCUGAGGCCGCCUCGCUCAGCUCCAUCGAGUCCUCCAGCUCGGAUCGGGACCAGGAUUAUGACUACUUGAAUGAUUGGGGCAGCCGGUUCAAGAGGCUGGCCGACAUGUAUGGGGGAGGAGUGGACAACUAAGGCAGGUGCAUGGAUCCUGCACUGGAGAGGCCGAAUGGGCCUGGCUGCUUCCGCCCCGUCUCCUUUCCAGCAAGGGUUGUGCUGGCUGCUGUAUGCCAAAACUCCUGCGUCUCCUCCUGCAGUGGUUGGGCCCUCGUGGCUUCCCAAGGCUGCCGAGCCUGCCGCCGCCUCCUCCUCCUACACUGCCUUCCGGAACGUGCCUUGUGGGGCCUUUGGGUCAGACCACCGCACAAUGACCUGCCCCAGUGCCUCUCGAGAGACUCCCUCCCUGGCCAAGGGACCUGUUGGCAGGGAGCAGCCCCCCCCUCCCCAGAUCGCCUCUGCCUGGUUCUUGCCACCUGGGCUGCCCCUGUGCGCCGUGCAAGAUGCAAGGAUGAAAUUGGGAGGGGGAGUGGGGAGGCAGUCCUGCCAAGCCUCCUCUAGCUGCCCCUCCCUCCCCAAUUUGCUCAGCCCCACAAGUGCUGGCAGCCCUCCUGGAAAUGGUUUGCCUCUUUUUAAAAAAUAUCUUAAAUGUUCAUAGGUCUCUUUUUGUAUGGUGUGGAAAGUAGAAUUGAUGAUAAGCUAGAGAUCUUGACAAUCAGGGUGUAAAGU